AUGAAAAGAAAAAGAGGCCAAGAAAAAGAGCCAUUACCCUCAACUAUGGAGAGUGCUAGCAGUGAAUUGAAAGCGAACGAAGAAGUGGAAAAUUCUACAGGAAAGCGAAAAAACUAUUUGAAAUGGGAAGAUUACUUCAUGAGUGUUGCCCUUAUUUCUGCGCAACGUAGUAAAGAUCCAAAGACACAGGUCGGUGCCUGUAUUGUAAACGAAGAUAAACGAAUUGUUGGUGUCGGUUACAAUGGAUUUCCGUCCGGUGUGAGUGAUAAUGAAUUCUCAUGGAAUAAACCAUACAAACACUUGUACGUGGUACAUGCUGAGGAAAACGCUAUAAUUAUUCAAUUUUCAGCCGACUUAAAAAAUAGCACAAUUUAUGUGUCGUUGUUCCCAUGCAAUCGCUGUGCUCAAAUCAUCAUCCAAUCUAAAAUUGAAAAGAUCGUUUACAUGUCAGAUAAAAAAGCAGACACGGAAGAAGUGAAAGCAUCGAAAGAUAUGUUGGAUGCGGUUGGCAUUAAAUAUGAACAAUAUGAACCAUCGUGCAAGGGAUUGCAGUUAGAUUUAACAGAUUUUGAUAAUCAAAAAAUCGUGCAAUCUUGAUAAUCAACAUGCAUGAUCAAAAAGAAUUCAAAGGCAAAUGUUUAGUAUUGUUUAACUACUUUAAUGUAAAACACAAAACAUUCUUGAAUAAACAAUGAAAUUUCCAAUAUAAA